AUGGCACCUCGAGACUCUCGCGAGAACCUGGAAGGUGUCGUGACAGAAGUAGAACAUCAACAUCAUGUGGACGAAAAAUCUCUUGAAUAUGAUCCUGCACUCGCCAAUGCAGCAGAUACACAGCAAUUAGGCGAGUUUAGGGUUGCUGUGCUCCCGACUAAAAGCUUUAUCAUACUGAUGCGUUACAUAGCAAGUAUCGGUUACAAACAGGAACUUCAGCGCCAUUAUUCUAGUGUUCAAGUGUUUGCUAUAGCAUUUAGCAUUAUGGGACUUCUCCCUUCUAUAUCCGCAACAUUAUGGUUCUCCGUUCCCGCAGGUCCAGUUGGGAUGGUUUGGGGAUGGUUCUCUGCGAGUGCUCUCAUUUUCGUUGUUGGACUGGCAAUUGCUGAUCUCGGCUCUUCGCUCCCAACAUCUGGCGGUCUCUAUUGGUGGACACAUUAUUUCGCAGCUGAACGAUAUAAAAACCCGCUGAGUUUCCUUGUUGGAUAUAGCAACACAAUAGGGUUAAUUGGGGGCAUCUGCUCAAUAGAUUAUGGAUUCGCAUCUUUCAUCGUCUCACUUGGCACCAUCAGUAGUGAUGGGGAAUGGAUCCCUAGCAGAGGCCAACUCUAUGCGAUAUUCGUGGCAACGGUGCUCUGUCACGGUAUACUGGCGACCUCUGCUGGGAGGGUCAUGCAUCAUCUUCAGACUUGGUUUGUUGUCGCAAAUUUUGCCUUGAUUGUUGCAACAAUUAUCGCCUUGCCCGUCAGCAUGCGAUUACGCAACAUCCCCAUCAAUUCAGGCAGCUACGUGUUCGGCUAUUCGAUAAAUGAGACGACGUGGCCAUCGGGGUGGGCCUUUAUGCUAUCAUGGCUGUCUCCAAUCUGGACAAUUGGAGCAUUUGACUCAUGUGUGCAUAUGAGCGAGGAGGCCAAGAAUCCAACAAAAGCAGUGCCGAUCGGUAUACUCGCCUCAAUUGGAGGCUGCUGGAUAUUCGGCUUCCUUGUGACCGCGGUACUGGCUGCCUGCGCUGGUAAUAACUUUGAGGAUAUUCUGGGCACACCUUUUGGCCAGCCAAUAGCCCAGGUGAGCUUCUUCCAGAUAAUUCAACGGCUCAGAUUUAUCCUCGCUCUAACCGUCCAACGGCAGAUCUACUACAAUGCUCUAGGGAAGAGUGGCGCCCUGGGCUUUAUGUCUGCUAUUUCAAUUUUACAGUUUUUCAUGGGACUCAGCAUUGUUGUGGCAGCGUCCAGACAGACCUGGGCAUUCUCUCGCGAUGGGGCAUUGCCAUUUUCUUCAUUCCUCAGACGGAUAAGCAAAACAUUCGGUUAUCAGCCAUUAAGAACAGUUUGGGCUACUUGUCUGACGGCGAUCAUUAUUGGCCUACUAUCCUUAAUCAACAAUGCGGCCGCAAACGUGCUUUUCUCGCUAGCAGCAGCCGGCAAUAACGUUGCAUGGGCAAUUCCAAUACUGUGCCGCAUACUCUGGGGAAGAGAGAAAUUUCGCCCAGGGCCGUUCUACACUGGCAAAUUUAGUAUUGCAAUUUCAAUUGCUGCUUUGGUGUACUUGAUUUUUUCGACAAUAUUAUGCAUGUUCCCCACUGAAGGACCAAAUCCUGAUCCAUCCGUCAUGAAUUACUCCGCAGUUGUGAACGGGACAGUGUGGGGAGGCGCAUUGCUUUAUUAUUUUGUCUACGCCCAUAAAUGGUUCAAGGGUCCUAAGCACACCCUGGAUGCCGUGGAAAAUGAAGAUGAUAUGAUGUAG